GAGGCUUCAUGAAGCAAUGUUCGAAAUCGCCCAUCACUGACUGAUUCGAAACAAAUUCAUAAAGGCUUAAAGAAGACCGAACAGUCGCUCCAGAUAAAGAUAAAAGAGAACUUUGUUUUUUAUUGAUCCGCCAAGUGCUUUUUAAUCGUCCAUGGCAUGAGACACAAUUGUGCAACUCAUCUAUUGCUCAUCAAGAGUUCUGAUCUUUGUAAAGAAUAAGCCGCCCAUGAUAAUUUCCUGUUGGAAUUUGCCCCUAAAUUGUCAGAUUGUGGUGAGAGUUCAGUUGAGUUGACGCAGUUGUUGUCAUUUUCACUCCGUGUCAUUUGUGGAGAUCGGAUUGAUCAGAUUCACCUCAGCCGCUCCAUCAUGGACCAAACACAAACAUCCACAGAUGAAGAUUUUUCCUCAGGAUGCAGGUCGUGUUCUUGUAACAUCACAGAUGAAGGUGAUGGUCUGACUUCAGCUCUGACAUCAAACCCAUCACACCUGACUGAAAUUAUUCUGACUGAGAACAAAAUAGGAGAUUCAGGAGUGAAGCUGAUCUCUGAUGUACUGAAGAAUCCUGACUGUAAACUGAAGAUACUGAAGUUGAGUUAUUGUAAUAUCACAGAUGAAGGUUGUGAUGCUCUGACUUCUGCUCUGACAUCAAACCCAUCAUACCUGACUGAACUGAUUCUGACUGGGAACAAAAUUGGGGAUUCAGGAGUGAAGCUGAUCUCUGAUGUACUGAAAAAUCCUGACUGUAAACUGAAGAUACUGAAGUUGAAGUAUUGUAAUAUCACAGCUGAAGGUUGUGUUGCUCUGACUUCAGCUCUGACAUCAAACCCAUCACAUCUGACUGAACUGAAUCUGUCUGUGAAUAAUAUUGGAGAUUCAGGAGUGAAGCUGAUCUCUGAUGUACUGAAGAAUUCUCAGUGUAAACUGGAGAUACUGGACGUGAGAUUGUGUGAAAUCACAGCUGAAGGUUGUGUUGCUCUGUCUUCAGCUCUGAGAUCAAACCCAUCACACCUGAGAGAACUGAAUCUGACUAUGAAUGAAUUUGGAAAUUCAGGAGUGAAGUUGAUCUCUGAUGUACUGAAGAAUCCUGAUUGUAAGCUGGAGAAACUAAAGUUGUUGUAUUGUAAAAUCACAGCUGAAGGUUGUGUUGCCCUAUCUUCAGCUCUGAGAUCAAACCCAUCACAUCUGAGAGAUCUGAAUCUGUCAUAUAAUAAUGUAGGAGAUUUAGGAGUGAAGCUGAUCUGUGAUGUACUGAAGAAUCCUGACUGUAAACUGGAGAUACUCGACUUGUCUGAAUGUAAUGUCACAACUGAAGGUUGUGCAGCUCUGUCUUCAGCUCUGACAUCAAACCCAUCACAUCUGAGAGAUCUGAAACUGAGCUGGAAUAAUCUUAGGGAUACAGAUGCGAAGCUAAUCUCUGAUGCACUGAAGAAUCCUGACUGUAAACUGGAGAUACUGGAAUUAUGGGAUUGUCAUAUCACAGAUGAAGGUUGUGUUGCUCUGUCUUCAGCUCUGAGAUCAAACCCAUCACAUCUGAGACAUCUGAAUCUGUCACUGAAUUUUCUUGGAGAUUUAGGAGUGAAGCUGAUCUCUGCCAUACUGGAGAAUCCUCAAUGUAAACUGCAGAAACUGUGGUUGACUAAGUGUAAUAUCACAAAUGAAGGUUGUGUUGCUUUGACUUCAGCUCUGAAAACAAACCCUUUACAUUUGAAAGAUCUGCAUCUCUGUUGUAAUAAUUUUGGAGACUCAGGAGUGAAGCUGAUCUGUGAUGUACUGAAGAAUCCUGACUGUAAACUGGAGAUAUUAUGGUUGAGGCAGUGUAAUAUCACAGAUGAAGGUUGUCUUUCUCUGACUUCAGCUCUGAGAUCAAACCCAUCACACCUGAAAGAAUUGAAUCUGACAAGGAAUAAUCUGGGAGAUCCAGGAGUAAAGCUGCUCUCUGAGCUGAAGGAUGAUCCACAAUAUAAACUGAAGACACUACACUUUUAGAUGUCAGUCUGAUCUUCUGUUAAUGGAGAAAACAGAGACAGGAGGAACAGAGACAACAACACUAUGGACAGAGACUUGAAGAUACACAGACUUAAUAAAAAGAUGAUUAAGUAGAUAA